AGCAUGAAAGUUCACCAAAAAUGGACAUUGAUUUGCAAUCCUGUGCUCGUUCAGUCAAAAGCAUCAACACUCCCAACUCCCUUUUACAUGGAAAGAUGUUCCACCUUCUUUUCCUAAAAAGGGGCGUUCUAAAUUCUGCUCUCACCAUAGCUAACCGCUUAAUCCAGAUGUAUGCAAGGUGCGGGCAAAUGUCUGAUGCCCGGAAGAUGUUCGAUGAAAUGCCCGAGAGAAACUACUUCACUUGGAACACCCUACUUGAAGGGUACAUGAAAUGCGGGAUGAUAAGUGACUCGCUGCGGUUGUUUUCUAGUAUGCCCCAAAAGAAUGAUUUUUCUUGGAAUGUGGCCAUCUUGGGGCUCGUAAAUGCUGGGGAAUUAGACACUGCUCGGCGCCUUUCAUAUGAGAUGCCUAGGAAGAAUGCUAUCGCUUGGAAUGCUUUGAUCGAUGGGUUUGCACGGACUGGAUUUCUUGGUGUUGCUUUGCGGUUGUUUAGGGAGUUUUCUUGUUUCGGUGAGAAGUCAUGCGUUGAUCCCUUUGUUUUGACUACGGUUGUUAAGGCUUGUACGAAUUUAGGAAGUCUCCGUUUGGGGAAGCAGAUUCAUGCUCACAUUAUAGUUGAUCAAGUGGAAAUUGAUUCUACAUUGGCUAGUUCACUGGUUAAUAUGUAUGGGAAAUGUGGCGAUCUGGAUAGUGCUCACCAUAUUCUGAGUAGAAUGCUGAUUCCUGAUGAUUUUUCCUUGUCAGCUAUGAUCUUAGCAUAUGCAAAUUGUGGUAGAAUGAAGGAUGCGAGACAAAUUUUUGAUGUUAAAACUGAUCCUUGUGUUGUAUUGUGGAAUUCAAUGAUAACAGGAUAUGUGUCAAAUGGUGAUACUUCAGAGGCAUUUUUUAUGUUUGAUGAGAUGCAUAAGGCAGGAAUUACAGGGGACUCCUUAACUUUGGUUAGUGUUUUAAGUGCCUGCAGUAGUGCACACAUUGUCGAGAAUUGUCAGCUAGUACAUGCUUUUGCUUGCAAGCUCGGAUUAGUAGACGAUCUCAUAGUUGCUAGUGCUUUAAUUGACACAUAUGCAAAGUGUGGAUAUUCAUGCGAUGCUUGCAAAAUUUUCGGUGAGCUUAAAAUGCAUGAUACUAUUUUAUUGAAUUCUAUGAUUACCAUUUAUUGCAGCUGUGGCAGAGUAGAAGAUGCCAAGUGGAUUUUUGAGUCCAUGCCACAUAAAAGCUUGAUAUCUUGGAAUGCAAUAAUUGCUGGUUUGUGUCAAAAUGGCUUACCAAUAGAAGCCAUGGAUAUUUUCUGCAGAAUGAAUAAGAUGGAUAUAAGGAUGGAUAGGUUUAGUUGUGCAAGCAUGAUUAGCGCAUGUGCCAGCAUCUCCUCACUCGAUCUUGGUGAACAGGUUUUUGCGAGAGCUAUCAUCAUAGGGAUUGAUUUUGAUCAAAUUGUUUCUACCUCCAUACUCGAUCUUUAUUGCAAGAGUGGCUUAAUAAAACAAGCUAGGAAGAUAUUUGACCAAAUAGUUGAACCUGAUGAGGCUUCAUGGAAUUCUAUGCUGAUGGGUUAUGCUACAAAUGGCUAUGGAACAGAAGCAUUGAACUUAUUCUGUGAAAUGAGAUGUGCUGGUGUGUUGCCCACAAAUAUCACAUUCACAGGAGUCUUGUCCGCUUGUAAUCACUGUGGACUACUAGAAGAAGGAAAAAAGUGGUUUAAUGCGAUGAGACAUGACUAUCAUACAGAUCCAGGCAUUGAACACUACUCAUGCAUGGUAGAUCUUUAUGUACGAGCAGGGUGCCUCGAGGAGGCGAUGAAUAUCGCUCUGACAAUGCCUUUUGAAGCAGAUGCAAGCAUAUGGUCAUCGAUUUUGAGAGGAUGUGUAGCUCAGGGUAAUGAAAUCCUCGGAAAGCAAGUGGCUAAGAGAAUUACAGAGCUUGAUCCUGAGAAUUCGAGUGCUUUUGCACAAUUGUCAAGUAUAUAUGCAACUUCUGGGAAAUGGGAAAGAUCAGCUUUGGUUUGGAAUUUGAUGAAAGAAAAGGGAGUUCAUAAAAUUCCUGGACAAAGCUGGAGAGAUACUUGGAUUUGACUGUUAAGAUUUUCUGAAUAAUCCUUUGAGACAUAUAUGAAGCUUGUUGGGCAAAAUUGGGUGUUAUGGUAUUAUUAUGACAACAGGAUUUCUAUACAUAUUACUCAUUACUACAAAUAUGGAUAGUCUAAUCAUGAUACUAUAUGGGGUUGUCGGUCUUAUUGGGAUGGGACUCGAACCUGAAACCUUCCGUAUGAAAAGCAAUAUGAUGCCAUCGAAUCACAAGAAACUAUAUGGUUUUCAAAAAUCACUAAACCCAUCAAACUAAGCAUCUUCUAAAUCUUCAUCAUGAAUCCAGGUACACUUCUCCACUCUAAUUUGUUACUCAAUUGCUAAUAGUUCUCAGAUGUAAUCAGGUGAUGACAGAGGUUGUGAAUUCCCCAUCCCGGCCUGAAAUUUGUGUAUUUUUUGACUCUGUGCAAAUGCCAUAAUUUUUUUCAUCAAUUUAUAUAUUUUUUCUAGUAGUUUUCUUUUUGAUUUUUUUUUCACUGCCUGAUGAAUGAUGAUGGAAAAUCUAAUAUUCUCUCUCUCACACACACACACUUUCUGGCUGUUCUUUACGGUGUUGAAAAAGGCUUUUGAUGAACUACACCAUCUGUCUGUGAUUUUUAGAAGCUAUGAAAUCUGAGGGCAAUUUUUAUAAUGUUUCUUUCAAGUAUAUAGGUUGGUUAUUUGUUAAUCUUUUAUGCUGACUGUUUAAAUUGUUUAUUUGCAUGAUUAUUUUCAUAAGUUUUGGACACAAAUCAGUCUUCCGCAAUUGUCUGCCGGCCAUGCUUGAAUGUGCGAACUUACAAGGUGCUACAUUCGAAGGCUAUAUAUUGGGACAAUGUAAGAUGAAGACAAUCGAACUUUCAUAAAUCAUUGGGCAGUUGGUCAAAUCCAGUAUGGAUCGUACAUGGACGGUAGUAGGUUGGCGGCUCUCCUAAGAUUCCACCAUCCGAGAUCUCAGGAGAAGAGGAUCAAGUUGGCCCUUGCGAACAGCUUGACGCACUAUUUAUCUCCCUUUAACCCUUUGAGCGAAAUGCGACAAAAGAAAAAGAAGGAAAAUCCAUGGACUGACCCCAUCAUCUCCACCCUGUAGGAACUACGAGAUCAUCCCAAGGAUGUCUUUGGCAUUCAGGGGUCAUGGACUGACUGUAGAACCCUGUUCAAUAAGUGGAACGCAUUAGCUGUCCGCUCUCAAGUUGGGCAGUAAGAGUCGGAGAAGGGCAAUCACUCAUUCUUAAAACCAGUGUUCUUAAGACCAAAGAGUUGGGUGGAAGGGGGAAAGCUCUCCGUCCUUGGUUCUCUUGUUCGGAACCACAAGAAUCCUUAGUUAGAGUGGGAUUUCAACUCAGCACCUUUUGAGUGAGAUUUUGAGAAGAGUUACUCUUUGGAGAGCACCGUACGGUGAAAGUUUAGAUCUAGGAUAGUUGUUUGUUAAUUAUAAUAGAAAUCGUAAUACUUAUUACAAAAAAUUUAAUACCAAUUUGAAAUAAAUAAAUUGUUACUUA